AUCAACGUCCAACAGCAUCUUUGGCUCAAAGUUUGUUGAUAUUGAUUAGCCUUUGCCCCCUCGUGGCUAAAGUUCCUUUUUUUUUCCCCCCACAUUUCUAUCACCGGCAUAACACAUUAGCCUUUUACAGCGUCUUCAAUUCUCUUGAUCCUAAUUUCCAUUUUUUUUGUCACAAUUGUUGCUUUCCGUAUAUUCUCCUCCUCCUUAUCUCUAUUUAAAUCUGUCUAUUACAAUUUGAAAGCGAUGGAUCAAGGAGAGCUUGCACGAGUUUUUCAAAUGUUUGAUCGAAAUGGGGAUGGCCGUAUCACGCGAAAAGAGCUUAGUGACUCCUUAAAAAACCUUGGAAUCACCAUCUUGGAGCAAGAUUUGAGCCUAAUGAUCGAGAAGAUCGACGUAAAUGGAGAUGGGUUCGUUGACAUGGACGAGUUUGGCGAAUUAUACCAAACAAUAAUGGACGAGAAAGACGAGGAGGAGGAUAUGAAGGAGGCAUUCAAUGUGUUUGAUCAAAAUGGAGAUGGGUUCAUCACGGGAGAAGAAUUGAGCGCGGUGUUGUGUUCUUUAGGCCUAAAGCAUGGCAAAACCAUAGAGGAUUGCAAAAGCAUGAUCAAGAAAGUGGACGUGGAUGGUGAUGGAAUGGUUAACUACAGAGAGUUUAAGCAAAUGAUGAAGGCUGGGGGGUUUGCUGCGGCUUCGUUAAGUUGAUGCAUGCAUGGCUAGAGGAUGUGCACGUAAGUCAUUUUUUCUUAAUUUUAUGGAUAGGUGGAGUUUUGCACAUAAAAGAAGAAAUAAUCAAGAUACCCUUUGUAGAAUAUAUUAUGUAUUGGGGGAAUGGUUUCUUGGUUGGUGAAUAUGUUUGAUGAGAAUUUCUCAACUCGAUCUUGUACGGUUGAAUAUUGGUUAUUCCUCAAUAUUUUCCAAUCUAAUGAACCUAUAUAUCCUGUUGUUGUGUAAA